UAAUACCUACCAACUGAUGGAUUCCAAAGCACUUGCUUCUUGUGUUCUUCUCCUUCAUCUGUUGAUUGUCCUGGGAGCCUGUGAUAUCAUACCCAAGGCCAAGGAUAGUGGUACCAAUGCAAUCAGGCUCCAGGGCAUGGAUGCUAAUAAUCCUCAUCGAAAUGAUAAGACACAUCAUGUUGCUCACGUCCAUGAAAAGAAGUCAAUGCAUGAUCCUUCUCUUUCCUCAUCCCACAUGAUGCAUCAGAUGGAUCCAAGAACAACCGUGUUUUUCGUUUUAGAUGAUAUGUCCUCUCCUUAUCUCUGGCCUAGAGAACAAGCCGAUGCUAUCCCCUUUUCAUUGGCAAAACUCCCACAGAUUUUUCAUUGGUAUCAGACCUGGGUUGAACCAUCUAGUUCACCAAUGGCAGAGGGCACUAGGUCUCAAGACGUCAGAAAGAUGGAGGAACAUGUUCGCUCCAUGCUGAAGGAACAACAGGAACAGUUCGAAAGGGAGAUAGCAGCUCUAAGGAACUUGGUGAUUGAAUUACACGCACAGAAGGGUCCAGUAGAAGGAAAUGACUCCCCUCAUAAUUCAGAUUCUUCAAACAGCAAUCGAGAGAAUUAA